CUUCGGCAGUCAGGCCCUGGUCCACUCAAUUUAGCGAGAAUCUCAUCUGAACCGGGAGUUCGUCACGGCGCCAAGCCUGACCAGGGAUGAUUUCCAGAAACGAAACGCCACGGGAAGUCCACUGUUAGGGGGGCGUGCUGUUACGGACACAUUUGCCCACACUUCGUACAACCGAUCUUGCGAUUGCCAACCUCCCCCGACGACCACUAACCAUGUGCUGAUCAGUGAUCUCUCAAGAUCGGCCCAAUUGCGAAAAGUCCCAUCCCGAACCACCCGCAGGCCGUCGAGCUACGAAGUGCGUACGCCGGCUGCCGCAACGCAUGCACCAGCCGAGGGAGAAGCUUCCUGUCGGGCGCUGCAGUGAACCCGCAUCGGGACACGAUCAAUGCUGCCGUUCGCAUCUUCGGGGUCCAAGGUGACCCCCCGCCACCAUGUGGGCGGCUAUUCGAAUGGAUAUCCGCGGGGCAGCACGUUCGACAUCUCUCCUCACAGAUUCCAGCCGCGCGGCACGGCAUCAGCAUAUCGUAGCAGACGAACUCAAUCCUUCGUGCGACUCGCCAUUGUCGCUGCCGUCCUCUUCUUCCUGAUCCUCCUCUCCUGGCGUGGCAGCUCCGCCCUCUCCAUCUUCUCGCUCGGCCUGCUCGCGCACGACCAGGAUUUCCAGCUCGAGACGACGCGGUACUACGACCUGUCCAAUGUCCAGGGCACGGCACGGGGCUGGGAGCGCGAGGAGCGUAUUCUGCUGUGCGUACCAUUACGCGACGCGGAGCCACAUCUGCCCAUGUUCUUUUCGCACCUGCAGAACUUCACGUACCCGCAUCACUUGAUCGACGUGGCAUUUUUGGUGUCGGAUUCGAAGGACAGGACAUUGGAGGUAUUGGUCCAGAACAUGGAGGCGAUCCAGGCGAGCGAGGACGAGAAGAUGCCUUUCGGGGAGAUAUCGAUUAUCGAGAAGGACUUUGGCCAGGUAGUCAACCAGGACGUCGAGAGCCGCCAUGGGUUUGCGGCACAGGCGGGCAGGAGAAAGCUCAUGGCAAGGGCGAGGAAUUGGCUGUUGAGCGCGGCGCUCCGGCCGUACCACUCGUGGGUGUACUGGCGGGAUGUGGAUGUCGAGACAGCACCCUUCACGAUUUUGGAGGAUCUGAUGCGGCAUAACAAGGAUGUUAUCGUGCCCAAUGUCUGGCGUCCGCUCCCUGAAUGGCUUGGAGGAGAGCAGCCGUAUGAUCUCAAUUCAUGGCAGGAGUCGGAGACCGCGCUGGCACUUGCCGACACGCUUGACGAGGACGCUGUUAUCGUCGAGGGCUAUGCCGAGUACGCGACAUGGCGGCCGCAUCUGGCAUAUCUUCGCGACCCGUUUGGCGACCCCGACAUGGAGAUGGAGCUUGAUGGCGUUGGCGGCGUAAGCAUCUUGGCCAAGGCCAAGGUUUUCCGCUACGGUGUGCACUUCCCGGCAUUUAGCUUCGAAAAGCAUGCCGAGACAGAGGGCUUCGGAAAGAUGGCAAGGAGGAUGGACUUCUCUGUUGUUGGGUUGCCUCACUACACGAUUUGGCACACAUACGAGCCUAGCGUCGACGACAUCAAGCACAUGGAGCAAAUGGAGCGGGAGAAGCUUGCUGCCGAGGAAGCAGAGAAGGAAAAGGCCGAGAAGGCCAUGAAGCUAAAGGAGUCCUUCGGCGAUGCCACCGGGCAGUGGGAGAAAGACAAGUCAGAUCUGGCAAACAUUGCCCUCGAAGAGAAGAAAGAGACUGGUGCUGGAGCACCCGCCGCAGGUACCGAGGAUAAGACUGACGCCAAGGUUGCUGCGGGCAAGGCACAAGGCAAGACGGAAGACAAGACAGGAGAUAAAGUGAACGCAGGAAAGGAUGGCGUGGAGGAUGGGAAAACAUGAUGCUGGCCUUGGUGGUUAGCGUGUUCUUUCAUCUGGUGGUUAUUUCAUUUGCAUCCAGCCUUAUUUCAACAGGCAAGCACAUCGAGAAAGGAGCGGUUACAAGGCGCGACAUCGAUUGCCACGGCGACGGCACUUUAGAUGUUCAGAUGUUCAACCGGAAGGGAAGACAAAAGGGGCACAACAAUAAUAUCAUGUAGACUACUUGUCAUGGCUGAGGCGUUGGUCGGUUUGGUUAAGGAAAUGGACGGUUUCAAGGAAUAGAGACAGGUCGAAACGACAACAAUGUCUGAAUUUUCCUACGG